AUGUCGUACAGUGAGUAUUGUUGUAACACAUUGUUGCAACAGGGGGAGCUGACGUCAUGUUAUAUUGUCAUCAACGUUGGGUGUUUUUAUUUCCCGGUUUCACACACUAUCAAACUCUUAGUCUCCGUCAUCGUUCUCUCCAUUGUUAGAAAAACGUACAAUGUUGUACUUAACGUAUUUCGGAGUAACGGGCGUGUGCUAUGGCACAGAAAAAAGAGAAGCGCAACUUCCGUGUUAAAAGUGGGAAACAGACCGACAGCAGCGCCUCACAAGUGGGAACGACGAAACCUUACGUCUGAUGACAUACAUAGAAUCUUGGCUGAAUUGGGGAGAGAGGAAGCAGAGGGGAAAAGCCAUGAGGAAUCCUUAGAAGAUGACGUUUCCGAUGACCCAGAACAAGAAGGAAUUGAAGAUGAUAUACAUCAAAGUGAGUCGGAAAUUGAUUUAGAAAACGGGGGAGGAAAUGACACAUAUCAACAGGAGCUACCAACAAAUUACAUCAGAUUUUAUAUAGGUAAGGACAUGGAAACUAUUUGGGCUAGUAGUGCCAAUAUUACCAGCACAAAAUCAAAGUCAAAAAAUAUAGUCAUAACUCUACCAGGUCCUACUGGACAAGCCAGACAAUGUGAAACUCGACUAGAAAGUUUUCAGUGUAUAAUAACUCCCGAAAUGGUAGAAGGGAUCGUAAGGUACACGAAUAUUUAUAUUGAAAGGAAAAACUUGGCAUGUCAAGCACUGGCAGAAGGAAGCGGUAACUCUGAAGUACGUGAAAGGGAUUAUAAACCGACAACAACGACUGAAAUGCUAGCAUUGUUUGGCGCUCUUUGAUUGAUUGCGGUCAAAAGAGGAAACCGUGCAAAUUCUCUGAAUAUUUCAAUAGCAAUGGAACAGGUCUGACAAUUCUGCGAGCCAAUUUCAGUCUAAAUAGAUUUAGAUUUUUGGAACGAUCUAUAAGAUUUGAUGACCUAAACACGAGAUUGGAACGUCAAGGAACGGACAAACAUGCUGCUAUACGAGAAAUUUUGCCUUUUUCAUUGCUAACAGCCAAAAAUCAUUCAGUUUAGGGGAAUUUGUCACUGUUGAUGAUAUGUUGGUUGCGUUUAGAGGACGAUGUUCAUUCAUCCAGUACAUGCCUCAAAAACCAGCCAAAUACGGAUUAAAAAUGUAUGCAUUGUGUGAUGCACGCACAUUUUAUACAUAUAAUUUAGAAGUGUACUGCGGAAAACAUGUGCCAGGCCCUAACGUACUCUCCAACAAACCAUACGACUUGGUCGCUAGAUUGGUUGAAUGCAUAGAAGGAACAAAUAGAAAUGUAACAACUGAUAAUUAUUUGUCAAGUUACCCGUUGGCUGAAUACCUCCUUAGCAAAGGCCUCGCUUUUUUAGGUACAAUGAGAAAAAACAAAAAAGAAAUUCCCGCAGAAUUUGUGACAGUAAAUGGAAAUGCAGUGGCAGGAGACUACAUGUUCGGUUGUCAAGAUGACAAAACUUUGAUUUCUAUGAUUACAAAAAAAAAGGAAAGUUGUAGUAGUGCUCUCCACAAUGAUUGAUACCGCCAUCAUUGUUGAAGAUACCAAAAAACCUGUACAAAUCACAGACUAUAAUACUGUAGACUUCAUGUGCUCCAGAAUUUCAACAUCAAGAAGAACACAAAGGUGGCCUGCAUGUAUAUUUUUCCGCUUACUUGACUUGGUAGGAAUAAAUUCGUUACGCAUUUUUCAAUUUAACGUAGGUAAUAUGAAAGAAAAAACGAGAAGAUAAUUCUUACAUGCGUUAUCUUUGGAACUGAUGAGCGAAAACCUGAAAGAAAGAGCUAAAUUGAAGCAUUUACCAAAAGAUUUGUUACUAUUUUUGGAAAAUUACAGAGAGAGUGACAUAGUUUAUCCAGCUGGAUCAACACCUACAUAGAGAGUAAAAUGUUAUUUGUGUACCUCAAAAAAGAAUAUAAAAAUCAAAGCGAGAAUGCGGUGAAUGUGGAAGAAACAUCUGUCUAUGACAUUCAACCACGACAGUUACGUGCAAUAAUUGUUGACAGCCUCAAAACGAAAAUGAAAUGGAUACAUACUGAUCAGCAUUUUUCACCUGACAGAACUGUUUGUGACGUUUUCAAUCAAAAAUUCUUUUUUCAAAGCAAAAUUAGCUUUUCUGUUGACGAGUAAAGACAGUGAAUAACUCUAGUCUUAAGUAUUACAUUAUAUAGUCCCAGAACAUUACAAUUAAAAAAAAUGUUCUUAUAUUUCAUUUGGGUAUUUGGCUUCCUUUUUGUAUUCCAUUGUAUAUUUUAUUGUUAAAUAAAUAAUUCUGAUUACAAAUG